CAUAGCGCCGCGCAGCUGCAGCGCUCCGCGGCUCCGCCUGACCGCAGCAGGAGCGCUGACAGCGGGCUGACGGCGGGCCAUGGAGGGGGUCCAUCCGCAGGACGGCCUGCUGAAGAUGACCCACAGGGAAAACUGGAGGGUGCAGCAUGAGCAUCUGCACGCCAAGCACCGAGGACACGAGGCCAUGCACGCGGAGAUGGUCCUGAUCCUCGUCGCCACCCUGGUGGUGGCGCAGAUCGUGCUGGUGCAGUGGAAGCAGCGGCACCACCGCUCCUACAACCUGGUGACGCUGGUCCAGAUGUGGGUGGUUCCUCUCUACUUCACCGUCAAACUGUACUGGUGGAGGUUCCUGUCCAUGUGGGGGAUGUUCUCCGUCAUCACCAGCUACGUCAUCUUCAGAGCCACCCGCAAGCCGCUGUCCUGCCGGACGCCCAGGAUGGUCUACAAGUGGUUCCUGCUGAUCUACAAGCUGAGCUACGCGGUCGGGGUGCUGGGAUACCUCGCCAUCAUGUUCACCAUGUUCGGCUUCAACGUCUUCUUCAGGAUCAAGGCGGAGGACUCGAUGGACGUCGGCGUGGUCAUGCUGUUCUACGGGCUUUACUACGGCGUCAUGGGCAGGGACUUCGCCGAGAUCUGCUCCGACUACAUGGCCUCCACCAUCGGGUACUACAGCAAGGGGGGGAUGCCCAGCCGCAGCCUGACGGAGGACAUCUGCGCCGUGUGCGGCCAGCGGAUCCUGGUGGACGUGGAGGAGGAGGGCUUCAUCGAGGACACAUACCAGCUGUCCUGUGGACACAUAUUCCAUGAGUUCUGCAUCCGCGGCUGGUGCAUCGUGGGUAAGAAGCAGACGUGCCCGUACUGCAACGAGAAGGUGGACCUGAAGAGGAUGAUGAACAACCCGUGGGAGAAGACUCACGUUCUCUACGGUCAGUUGCUCGACUGGCUCAGGUACCUGGUUGCCUGGCAACCGGUCAUCAUCGGCAUCGUUCACGGCAUAAACUUCACCCUGGGCCUCAACUAGAGCCCUGAGGAACGCCGCCGCCGCCCCCCUAAGGCGCGGAGUUGUGAAACGUUUGGCUUCUGGCGCCGGCGCUACGAGGAACCGAGUCGGGCUGUCCUGUUCGUUCCGGGCGCUCGCUCGGUUCCCUGCAGAGUGAACCCCCCCCCACGACGUCCAGGGCCUCCGUCCAGACCGCCGCAGGCGUGAAAACUCCUGGAACAGAUUCAGUAUUUCCACGACGGUUCCCGCGGAGAUCCUGCUGGUUCCUCCGACUCCGCUAACGGGCCUCCAGCGGUGUUCACUAAUGCUUCGUUUAUUUCUGUUCCCAGUUCCACGUCUUAAGCUGAUUAAUUCUGGACGGCAGAAGCUAAACCUGGAAACUCAAGUUCAAACUUCCGCGUCCAGAAGAAAACUGUUUUUGUUGCCAAAUGUUUCUUCACCACGACUGCUGCUGUUAACUUUGUAUUUAAUAAAUGUUUUUUAAAGUUUG